AGAGAACUACCGAGGCGAAGCACCUGUGGAAUCCUCUCAAGAGGAACAGUCAUUGUGUGAAGGUUCAAAUUCAGCUGUUAGCAUGGAACUUUCAGAACCUAUUGUAGAAAAUGGAGAGACAGAAAUGUCUCCAGAAGAAUCAUGGGAGCACAAAGAAGAAAUAAGUGAAGCAGAGCCAGGGGGUGGUUCCUUGGGAGAUGGAAGGCCGCCAGAGGAAAGUGCCCAUGAAAUGAUGGAGGAGGAAGAGGAAAUCCCAAAACCUAAGUCUGUGGUUGCACCGCCAGGUGCUCCUAAGAAAGAGCAUGUAAAUGUAGUAUUCAUGGGGCACGUAGAUGCUGGCAAGUCAACCAUUGGAGGACCAAUAAUGUAUUUGACUGGAAUGGUUGACAAAAGGAUGCUUGAAAAGUAUGAAAGAGAAGCUAAAGAGAAAAACAGAGAAACUUGGUACUUGUCUUGGGCCUUAGACACAAAUCAGGAAGAACGAGACAAGGGUAAUACAGUAGAAGUGGGUCGUGCCUAUUUUGAAACCGAAAAGAAGCAUUUCACAAUUCUAGAUGCCCCUGGCCACAAGAGUUUUGUCCCAAAUAUGAUUGGUGGUGCCUCUCAAGCUGAUUUGGCUGUGCUGGUAAUCUCAGCCAGGAAAGGAGAGUUUGAAACUGGAUUUGAAAAAGGAGGACAGACAAGAGAACAUGCAAUGUUGGCAAAGACAGCAGGUGUAAAACACCUAAUUGUGCUAAUUAAUAAGAUGGAUGAUCCAACAGUAAAUUGGAGCAAUGAGAGAUAUGAAGAAUGUAAGGAGAAACUAGUGCCAUUUUUGAAAAAAGUUGGCUUCAAUCCCAAAAAGGACAUUCACUUUAUGCCCUGCUCAGGACUUACUGGAGCAAAUCUCAAAGAGCAGUCGGAUUUCUGUCCUUGGUACAUUGGAUUACCGUUUAUUCCAUAUCUGGAUAAUUUGCCAAACUUCAAUAUGUCAGUUGAUGGACCAAUCAGGCUGCCAAUUGUGGAUAAGUACAAGGAUAUGGGCACUGUGGUCCUGGGAAAGCUGGAAUCAGGAUCUAUUUGUAAAGGCCAGCAGCUUGUGAUGAUGCCAAACAAGCACAACGUGGAAGUUCUUGGAAUACUUUCCGAUGAUGUAGAGACUGAUACCGUAGCCCCAGGUGAAAACCUCAAAAUCAGACUGAAAGGAAUUGAAGAAGAGGAGAUUCUUCCAGGGUUUAUACUUUGUGAUCCUAAUAAUCUUUGUCAUUCUGGACGCACAUUUGAUGCCCAGAUAGUGAUUAUAGAGCACAAAUCCAUCAUCUGCCCAGGCUAUAAUGCGGUGCUGCAUAUUCAUACCUGUAUUGAGGAGGUCGAAAUAACAGCCUUAAUCUGCUUGGUAGACAAAAAAUCAGGAGAAAAAAGUAAGACCCGACCCCGUUUUGUGAAACAAGAUCAAGUAUGCAUUGCUCACUUAAGGACAGCAGGAACCAUCUGCCUUGAGACCUUUAAAGACUUCCCUCAGAUGGGUCGUUUCACCUUAAGAGAUGAGGGUAAGAGCUUUUAAACUGACGUCUAGUAGUAUAUCCAGGAUACCUAGCUUUGGUCAUCUUCAUCAUCUCAGUACAGUACACAUUGCAACAGGUUCACAGAAAACUUCGAUUCACAUUCUUAUUCAUAUGAAUGUUUUAUGAGUUGAAUGUAUUGAACAGAAUUGACCACGUGCUUUAGUAGUAAUGCCAAAUCUAGUAAUGCUCUACGUGAAGAAUCUUAAUUUUGAUGUUUUGUGAGUAGUGGAUUUGGAAGGCUAUUUUGUUUACUAAGAUAUUUCUAUGAUGUAAUCCUUUGUAAUAUGUCUAGCGAUUAAAAGGAACAUAGAGAUUGAUUUUUUUUUUAACACCUAAUUUUUCAGAGGUCUAAUGUUUGUGACCUUUUGUGUGCAUCCAUUUCUGCCUACCUCUGGGUGACGCAGAACAACUAACAUUCCCAUCUUGGGGUCAUGAAGUUCUUUGGCAUAAAAACAAAAUGAUUGUUAUGAAA